AAUAUGACUAGGGUUUCACUCUCACUCCCACCUUUCUAAUGCUGCUUUUUUUUGGCUCUCUUCUUCUCAUCAAUAUACCAAAGAAAUAGAGAGCCUUAAAACCCCACCUUAAUUGUUCUCCUUCAGUUUUUCAAGAUUUUUCUCUCAUUUUUUUCUUUUUACUUUUUGGGUUUUCUUUAUUUAUGGAAAAGAUUGAAGCUUGCACAACUUGUUUACAGAUUCAGUGAGCAGCCGGGUUUGUUGGAAUUUGGUUAAAAUAUGGCUAUGGUUGCUCAAAAUCAACAGUAUAUGGAGGCAAACAGUAGCAGUAACAGCAUGAAUCAUCAGUUGGAAAAUGGGAAAUAUGUGAGAUACACUACCGAACAAGUUGAAGCCCUUGAGAGAGUGUAUGCAGAGUGCCCAAAACCAAGUUCUUUAAGAAGGCAACAGUUGAUUAGAGAAUGCCCUAUUUUGUCCAACAUAGAACCCAAACAAAUCAAAGUUUGGUUUCAGAAUCGCAGAUGUCGAGAAAAGCAGCGUAAAGAAGCUUCUCGGCUCCAAACCGUGAAUCGAAAAUUGUCUGCCAUGAACAAGUUGUUGAUGGAGGAGAAUGAUCGUCUUCAAAAACAGGUGUCUCAGCUUGUAUAUGAAAACGGUUAUAUGCGCCAACAGUUGCACACUCCUUCAGCAGUUACAGAUGCGAGUUGUGAAUCUGUUGUUACAACCCCCCAGCAUUCUCUUGGAGAUGCUAAUAACCCAGCUGGACUCCUCUCAAUUGCAGAGGAAACUUUGGCAGAGUUCCUUUCAAAGGCUACAGGAACUGCUGUUGAUUGGGUCCAGAUGCCUGGGAUGAAGCCUGGUCCGGAUUCAGUUGGGAUCUUUGCCAUUUCACAGAGUUGUAGUGGAGUGGCAGCUAGAGCCUGCGGUCUUGUAAGUUUAGAGCCCACAAAGAUUGUGGAGAUCCUUAAAGAUCGUACAUCUUGGUUUAGAGAUUGUCGGAAUCUUGAAGUUUUCACAAUGUUACCUGCUGGAAACGGUGGAACUAUUGAACUUGUUUACACGCAGGUCUAUGCUCCAACCACACUGGCCCCUGCACGGGAUUUCUGGACUCUUAGAUAUACUACAACUUUGGACAAUGGUAGUGUUGUGGUGUGUGAGAGAUCCCUUUCUGGAUCUGGUGGUGGCCCAAGUGCUGCUGCUGCUGCCCAAUUUGUAAGAGGAGAAAUGCUUCCUAGUGGCUACCUGAUCCGGCCGUGUGAUGGUGGAGGCUCAAUAAUUCACAUAGUUGACCACCUUAAUCUUGAGGCAUGGAGCGUGCCCGAGGUUCUACGCCCCCUUUAUCAAUCUUCUAAAGUUGUUGCGCAGAAGAUGACCAUUGCAGCCUUGCGUUAUAUCAGGCAGAUAGCCCAAGAGUCGAGUGGGGAAGUUGUUUAUGGACUUGGAAGGCAACCAGCCGUCUUGCGCACGUUAAGUCAAAGAUUAAGCAGAGGUUUCAAUGAUGCUAUCAAUGGAUUUAAUGAUGAUGGGUGGUCAUUGAUGAACUGUGAUGGUGCUGAAGACGUGAUAGUAGCAAUUAAUUCAACCAAGAAUGUUAGCACCUCGACUAGUUCUUCCAACCCCCUCUCGUUUCUUGGAGGAGUUCUAUGUGCGAAGGCCUCAAUGCUAUUUCAAAAUGUACCUCCAGCAGUGUUGGUACGGUUCCUACGGGAGCAUCGUUCAGAGUGGGCUGAUUUCAAUGUUGAUGCUUACUCUGCUGCUUCAGUAAAAGCAAGCCCAUAUGGGUAUCCAGGGAUGCGACCCACAAGGUUUACGGGUAGCCAGAUUAUCAUGCCACUUGGACAGACAAUCGAACAUGAAGAGAUGCUCGAAGUUAUUAGAAUCGAAGGUCAUGCACUUGGUCAAGAAGAUCCAUUUGUAUCGAGAGACAUUCAUCUCUUACAGUUAUGCAGCGGAAUUGAUGAGAAUGCCGUGGGAGCUUGUUCUGAACUCAUCUUUGCUCCAAUUGAUGAAAUGUUUCCUGACGAUGCACCCCUUAUACCAUCUGGUUUCCGUAUUAUUCCUUUGGAUCCUAAAUCAGGUGAUCCUAAGGAUGCAUUAGGAACAUCACAUCGGACCCUUGACUUGACUGCAAGUCUAGAGGUGGGCCAGUCAAAUAGCCAUGGACCAUCAGAUGCAUCGAGUUGCCAAAACACAAGAUCAGUCUUGACCAUUGCAUUCCAGUUCCCGUUUGAGAAUAAUCUAGCUGACAGUGUGGCAACUAUGGCCCGCCAAUACGUUCGUAGUGUUAUCAACUCAGUUCAGAGGGUUGCCAUGGCUAUAUCUCCUUCGGGGUUGACCCCAUCAGUGUCUCCUAAGCUCUCGCCUGGCUCUCCUGAAGCUCUUACUUUGGCUCAAUGGAUCUGCAAUAGCUACACUUACCAUCUAGGAACAGAGUUGUUAACUUCUGGUUCAGUUGUUGGUGACUCACUAUUGAAAGAUCUUUGGCAUCAUCAAGAUGCCAUUUUGUGCUGUUCUUUGAAGUCGCUUCCGGUAUUUAUUUUCGCCAACCAGGCAGGGCUUGACAUGCUGGAAACUACCCUUGUGGCGCUGCAAGACAUCACGUUAGACAAAAUGUUUGAUGAUGCCGGUCGGAAGGCACUAUUUCCAGAAUUUGCAAAGAUAAUGCAACAGGGUUUUGCGUAUUUGCCAGGUGGAAUUUGUAUGUCAACAAUGGGACGUCACAUUUCAUAUGAACAAGCCAUAGCUUGGAAGGUUCUAGCAGCUGAUGAAACAACGGUCCAUUGCCUGGCUUUCUCUUUUGUCAACUGGUCGUUUGUGUGAGCCAUCAUUUACUUAAUGUUAUAAGUCACUUGCGGCUAGGGUCUCAAGCUCCCGAUUUUGGUUGUAAAAAUAGGUUAAUCAGUGGAGCGAACUCCGAGCGUUGUGAUGGUGUUAAUCUUUGUGUUGAACCAAGGGAUUUGUUUAAUUUAAUGCCAUUUCACUAGGCUUUAGAUGUUUAAA